AUGUUUCCAGACAACGUCAGAUUGAUAUAUAAAGCACUGGGGUUUUUCGUCCCCUACGCGGGCAAACUCGUGGUUCAGUGGUUGGCAGUGGUGUACCACAGUUGGACAUGGCAUGAAACGCCUGACGCGAAGAACGUGGUAGUCCUUGGGGGUUCAUUUGCAGGCGUUCAGUUGGUAAAACAAUUGGCUGGGUUGCUACCGACCGGGUACAAAGUGGUAUUGAUUGAGAAAAACUCGCAUCUGAAUUACAGCUUCGCCUUCCCUCGCUUCUCGGUCUUGACAGAGCAUGAGCACCAGGCGUUUAUCCCGUAUGAUGGUUUAGCACGUGGCACUCCUGCUGGCAUAUACACCCGCGUCCAGGAUACUGCAAUCGAGCUCACCGAGAAUCAGGUCCUACUUUCGUCGGGUGAAAAGAUCGAUUAUGCCUACCUCGCUAUCGCGACUGGCUCAUCACAACCUCUCCCCGUCCAGGUAGUAGCCACGAAUAUCGACGAUGCAUGCCACGAGCUGCAAGGUGUGCAGCAGGCCAUCAAAGAAAAUCACAGGGUCGCCAUUAUAGGGGGCGGAGCCGUGGGUGUGCAGCUCGCCAGUGAUAUCAAAGAUUUCUAUCCAGACAAGGACGUGACACUCAUUCACUCGCAUGACCGGCUCUUGAGCCACUUCGGAAAGCGAUUAGGCGACUAUGCGCUGGUUGCGCUGCAGGACGAACUCAAGGUUCGCGUUCUCCUUAAUGAGCGGCCCAAGGCCCCCGCUGUAGGGAAUAUGGCUAAGUCAGACACGCUGACAUUCUCUGACGGCCGCAAGGAGCAAUUUGAUCUUAUUAUCGUUUGCACUGGUCAGCGGCCCAACUCAUCCAUACUGGCGUCUCUACACCCCAGCGCCAUCUCAACGGAAAACUCGCGCAUCCUUGUUCAGCCGACGCUUCAAGUACUCACUCCAGAUCAACCCGAUUGCAAUACAACCAUAUUUGCUUUCGGGGAUGUAGCUGAUCACGUCGGGCCACGUAUGGCACGGGCGGGCUGGAUGCAGUCGGGGUUGGUGCUGGAAAAUAUUCUUAGCAUGAUCCAAGGACGGAAGCCUCAGCGGACGUACAAACCAAACUAUUUUCUCGAGGGGGCCAUUAAGCUGACGUUGGGAAAGACGCAUAACGUCAUUUACGCAAAUGAAGCGGAUGGGUCCGAUGUGAUGGUCCCAGCAAGAAACAACAGGCUAGAUUUGGGAAUUGAAAUGGCAUGGAAGCAAUUUGGGGUCGGUGCUGACUUCAAACGGAUUUAG